AUGGAGUCUAAAGUGUAUAACUGGCAAACUGCUUCUGAAUGGAAACAAGAAGAAGAUGAUGGCGAGUGGGAACAAGAAGAUGAUGGCCUUGCAGAAUGCAUUUCUCUGCUUGCUGAUUUUCCCAUAUCAGAAGUGAUGAAAAGUCUGGUGCGCUGGCUGUCACUGGCUGUCUGUGUGUAUAGAAUGAAUGCAGACCUGAUUGCCCAUUUACACCCCCCAUUUCAAGUUAUUUCUACCAAACCCUGUGUCUUUCCAUUUACCUAUGGCGAUGUAACCUACUACAAUUGCAUCUCCGUCCACAGUGACUUUGAUUGGUGCUCUUUUGACAAAGAAUUCCAAGGCAGGUGGCGAUAUUGCACAGUGAGUGAUCCUCCUCGGUGUGUCUUUCCCUUCUUAUUCAGACAAAAACUCUUUUAUCAUUGUACCAAGGAAGGCUAUAUUUUGAAUCGGAGUUGGUGUUCAUUGACAGACAAUUACAACAAAGAUGGGAAAUGGAAGCAGUGUUCUCCUGAAGAUACUUAGAAAAGUCUUGAUGUUCCUGAAGAGACAAAGUUACAGAUUCAUCAUCUGCCUCUCAAAAUAAAAUUCCAUCCUUUUCAAUCCUGAGCAUUCUAAUCAAUAAAGAUUGGGACCCUUUUUCCAUGCAGAUGACUCCUUUUCUUGAAACAAGGCACAGCCAGCUCUCAGUGCUGACAAUGCUGACCAUGUCAGAGUAAGGAUUCAGCAGGGCAUAUAUGGGGAAGAAUGUGCAUUCAGAUCAAGAUGCUGAUGACAGAUAAUAAUUGUAUGUAUUUAUGGGGUACAAAGUGAUGUCUUGAUACAUGUUUACUAUGUGGGAUGAUCAAAUCAGUGUAAUUAACAAAACCAUUGCCUCAUCUAGUUAUCAUAUUUUGUAAAAGAUCCUGAUGAAUUGCUAACAGUAUAAAUAUUUGGAAACUUAAAUAAACUCUCAGAG